AUGCGACGGUUGAAUACCCGUAAAGGGGUCAAUUCGAAGCCGACCGACGACCACGACAGCAACAAUAUGGACCCAAUUAAGCUCCAAGUCCGACCCAGCACCCGAUCCAAUCUCUUCUCUCGCAACCCCAAGCACAACAACAGAUCAGGCUUCUUAAUUAUCGCUUCACUGACGAUCGCACUAGCUUUCACACUCUGUUAUCUUCUCGUUUCCGCGAGAAAUUCGAGGAGUUUUGGGAAGAAACGGUACGGGAUUGUGAUCGACGGGGGGAGUACGGGUACCCGAAUCCACGUGUUCGGGUAUGGAGUCGACGGCGGCGACACUGCCGUCUUCGAUUUCGGCACGGACGGGUUGUCGUCGAUGCGGGUUAACCCGGGGCUCUCGGCGUAUGCGGAGGAUCCGGAAUCGGCGGGUGGGUCGUUGCGGGAGCUUGUGGAGUUUGGGAAGGGUAGGGUUCCCAAAGAGCAAUGGGAGAACACGGAGAUAAGGCUUAUGGCCACGGCGGGGCUCCGACUGCUUGAUUUGGAUGUCCAGAACCGGAUUCUGGACUCUUGUAGAAAGGUGCUUCGGAGUUCUGGGUUUAAGUUUCAGAACGAGUGGGCUUCGGUGAUUACAGGCUCUGAUGAAGGACUAUAUGCUUGGGUUGUUGCAAACCAUGCCCUUGGCACUCUUGGUGGCAAUCCUUUGCAGACAACUGGGAUUAUUGAACUUGGUGGAGCUUCUGCUCAGGUGACAUUUGUUUCAAGUGAGCCAGUGCCUUAUGAGUUCUCACGUGUUGUUAAAUAUGGAAAUAUCACUUACAAUCUCUACAGUCACAGCCUUCUUCAUUACGGCCAGAAUGUUGCAUAUGAUUCGUUGAAAGAAGCAAUUGUUUCAGGAGACUUCAACUCAGAUGCUGAAUCACUUCAGAAAAGAAUGUCAAUAGAUCCUUGCACUCCUAAAGGAUAUUCAUAUAAGAUGCAGUCUUCAAAGCUUUCUCCAAGUUCUUCGGUUGAGAAGCAUAGACAUUUAUCUACUCUUCAAUCAAGGGGUAACUUCUCUGAGUGCAGAUCCGCUGCAAUAAUGAUGCUGCAAAAAGGCAAAGAGAAAUGUUCCUAUCAACACUGCAGGAUUGGAUCAAAUUUCAUACCUAAGCUUCAGGGAAAGUUUUUGGCUACAGAAAAUUUCUUCCAUACAUCCAAGUUCUUUGGUUUGGCUUCAAAAGCGUUUCUUUCUGACCUGAUGAUGGCUGGACAACAAUUCUGUGGAGAGGAUUGGUCGAAGUUAAAGAAGAGACACCAUCGACUCGAUGAAGAAGCUUUGCUUCACUAUUGUUUCUCUUCAGCAUAUACUGUGGCCCUACUUCAUGAUAGUCUUGGGAUUGCCAUGGACGAUGAAAGGAUCAGGGUUGCAAAUCAGGUGGGAAGUAUUCCACUCGAUUGGGCUCUGGGAGCUUUCAUCUUGCAAAGCACAUCUGACUUGGAUGUAGGGCACUCUGAUUGGAUUAGCACCUGGAGGAAGCCCCAGUUGAAGACAAUUUAUGACCUGGAGAAAGGGCGGUAUAUAGUUACUCGUGUUAGUAGAUGA